GGUAUAGGGCGCUGCUUUUGAAUGCUUGGGCUGCUCGUUGCGGGCGUGUUUCUGUUUUGUGUGCUUCUCCAUGAGCUGACGCCGCGUGCGCGCUCUCUCUCUCCUCUCCCCCUACCCCUGCACGCCCCCUCCGAAUUUGGCUCUGCUGCUACGGCCGUGGCGUGGCUCUUCGUGCUCCCCGCUGUGGAACACCGUGCUUCGUUUGCGGGAUGCCUCUCGACCCUGCUGGACCUCGUCGACGAACAGUAUACUGCGCUGCACUGGGCUGCAAAGUUUGGAUGCACGGAGAUUGUUAAACUCGUAGCCGGCUCCUACGGACUGAACCCGAACGUCAAAUCGAAUGGUGGCUACACACCACUCCAUCUGGCAUACAUGUUCAACCAGCACCACAUAGCUGAGUUACUGCGUACCUAUGGUGCAGAUGCCAAUGUCCGUGACAACAGUGGACGCAAACCAUGCCAAUACCUGAAGGGUGGAGUGCCACAGCCUGUCAGAGCUACUGUGAUGUCUGGCUCCAAGAGCAUCCCACAACCUUCUCGGAGCCUUGAAAAAGACUUGGGCUUCAUGCGGAUGGGGUCGUUCAACAGUAGAGUGAAGCGCACUGCAGCAGCUCUCACAAAUCCAUUUGGAGUCCAGAAGCUGAAGCCCUGGGGUUCUGCUGACAGCGUUGCUGAUGGUGCUGCUCCAUGCAUGGCACCACCGAAAAGCACGGUGAAGAAGAAGAGGUCAAAGAAAGUUAUAGAUUUUCCCAGCUCAAGCAGCAUGGACUCUGUGAAAUCAAGGCUCAACAUGACACCAAAAGAGGAGUCUGAUUCUGACAGCGUCUACGGCUUUCCUUCCUGAUCACUCCUGACCAUUGCUAGACAUUCUAACUUUUCAUUCCAGCAUAGAAAAGAGGAGGGCAGGGUACUACACACAUUAUCUGGUUCAUGUGAUCCAAUGUAGACAGUUAUUCUAUUGAUGUGUGCCAAGGAUGAAUCAUGUAGGGUUAGGAUGCAUUGUUGUGUACUGGUGUAUUUUGCCAGAUGCAAGUGUGUAAUUACUUGAAUGGUUCGAGCCUAACUGUAGACACUUGACAUUUUGCUGCAUGCAGUCACUUAUUGUGAUGGCCUGUUGUCAAGCACUGUUUGCUUGCAUGUGUUGUAUAUAGUUUAAAAUAUUUGUAUAGGACACCUGUCAUUUUGCUCUCAUUAGUGUGUUAAGAAAUUGUCUAGAGCACCAUUUUGGGCAAAUAGUGGAACUGAGCAGUCUAAGGGGCUAUAUGAAGCUUUUUUUUUUUUUUUAACGGUUAAGGAACACAUUUCUGGAGUUGCACUGUCUAGUAAUGAGAAAUCAUUUGAACGGUGUGAACAAGGCACAUCAUAUUGUUUCAGUUUUCAGUGAUAGUAGAAUGGUGCAUUCCACAUUGCAUAUUAGAUGUGUAAACACUCAGUUUUUAGCUGCCACAGUUCUUAUUAGUGCAAAUGUGUAAUGUUCUAUGAGCGUCUUUUCUUUUUUGCUUAAAGGGACACUAAAGAGAAGCGCUGAAUUAGUUUAGAUUAAUGAAGUAUCCUUGAAGAACUCUACUUUCAUUAACAUUGCAGCAACAAGUUGAUUAUUAGAAGAGGAAAUGAAGCUUGAAGUUCACAUUUCUUAAUUUCAUGCCAAAACCCGACCACCUGUAAGUCAGUGUGGCAUCACAGAUUUCAAAGUACUUUUUUGCGUUUGGGCCAUUGUGGCUCAGUAAAUGUGUUGAAACUUGCAAAGUUGAGUCUUUGGCUCUCUUAGACUACAAUGUAUCCCAUUUUUACAGAUAGGAAUUUAUCUAGGCCCAAGUAGACAGGGUUAAAAUUAAUGGCAUCAGAGCAAGCUAGCACAAGAACUUCAUAGUGGUUUUGCCACCGGUCUUUCAUUUUUACAUAUCUUUUGGCUUACAAAGUGUCUUACAGUAAGUGUUUAUUAUUAUUAUUAUUAUUAUUAUUAUUAUUAUUAUUAUUAUUAUUGUGGAAGGGUAAUUUAGUGACACAGCUUAAAUCAUUUUUCUCUUUAAUGUCCCUUUGAUUGUUGCUUGCAAAUCACUUUUCUGUUUCUUGUUUAUUUCUGUUUUACAGCUACAUUUAGUGUGGUGAAUUUGCAAACAUAGAAGCAUAAAUAAAGAUGUAGAUAUAUUUUUCUAAAA